CUGCUGUAAAUUAACAGCAAUUGUUUAUAGUGCAGCAGAUUGAGAAAGCAACCCUUUAGUGAAGGUAAUCUGGGAAGUAACCGCGCCCCCUGUUGCGCGUCGUAAAGCGAUCAGGGCAGGAAACAUGGUUGAGAGCAUCUCCUCAGUGUCCUUGAAUUUCAUACCAUCUGAAAGAGAAGGUGGAGAUAUCGAGUGAACACUGAAAGCCACACUCCCUGGUAAAAAAAAAUGACAUCUUUGUCUUGUCUGGAGAUCACAUCACUCCGCCUGUCGUCACCUUUACGCACACUUGAACUUGGGAACUUGAAGUCUCCUCUGUUUCGCACCACAGCUCCGACUCCCCCCUCCCAUCCCUCACCCUCCUCCUCCUCCUCCUCCUCCUCCUGCAGCACUACUAACCGAGCUGUAACGGGACACUUUCAGCGCACCAAAACCUUCACCCGCCGCUUCACCAUCUCUGGUAUGUUCAGACUCUCUGCUGCGCGCCUUCAUCCGGCUUGGAUGAUGCUGCGGACGCUGGAGGAGAGCUAUUCCUGUUAUUAUUACAACAUGUGGCGGCUGGGAAUGAUCGUUGACACCCUGAUUUGGUGUUGAAUGAUCGGAGGGGACUGACUGCAAGGCGGCAAAAAGGGAUUUCACACCGAGCUGGUGAUCUGGCCGUCUGGAGAUGAUGAGUGCUGGGCUCAGGAUGGUAAGCUGCACUUCACAAGUUACUUGCCUGCAUGAUGCCACCGCGGCUCUAUAGCCCUCCCUAAUCCUGCUGCGGCGACACAGAGGAUCCCCCUCCGUCCCAGGACACCUCCAUGACUCAUCCAGCUCAUCCUCUGCAGCUAUCAGCCACUGAUCAAUCCUAACCCAGUCUCUAUUGGGGGCUUUCCUUUGCAAGACUCUACCCUCAGACCUGGAUUACCCUCUGAUCUGAUGCUGAAUCCUGAUACGUCAACUAUAGAGUCUAUUGUGGACCUCUGACGGAUAUGUCAAAACUCACCCACAUUCAAAUGUGACAGCAGGAUUCCUCAUUCCUCCCCUUUCUGGGUUUUCCCUUGUUGGAAGCCAAAGCCAUAGAUCCUCUGUCGUUGAGAAAGAACUCCUUGUUAUGAGGGGUUCUGAGGCUAAAAAGACUGAAAGCUACAGCCAUAUGUAUGCUCAGCUUGUCUACAAUAGACCUGGGCUGUGGCAGGAAAGCUUUUCUCAUGUGCAAGCUUCAACAUAAGCUGUUGGAGGCUGUGAUAAAGUAAGGACUGCUGUGUCCCGAGACAAACAAGUUGUAUCUGUAGACUUUUUCUUGCCUUCAUUACCUGGUCUGAGCUGCCCAGUCCGGAGCAGCGUGCUUUCCAGAUGCUGCCAUGCCCAUCAUCAGCAACGCCAACCAUGACUUCAGCAAUCUGUCCGUCAGCGAUGACAGCAGUCUCGACCGCAUUUUCACAGAGAUCCCUGAGACUGAGACCAUCAAGGGUGUGUACUACCAGAGGGCUCAGUUCAUCCGUCGGCCAGAAGACCUGGUGUCCAUCGACCACGCCUUGCUGGCGGUGAUCAACGUCGGAGGAAACAGGUACACCUUCCCCUGGAGCACCCUGGAGCAGUUCCCCCUCACACGACUCGGCCGCCUCUGUGGCUGCCGGUCCCCCGAGGACAUCGCCCGCGUCUGCGACGACUACGACGAAGCCCACAAGGAGUUCUUCUUCGACCGCUCGCCGUCCGCCUUCAGGGUCAUCCUCAACUUCCUGGCCGCGGGGAAACUGCGCAUGCUGCGGGAGAUGUGUGUCCUCUCCCUGCACGACGAGCUCACCUACUGGGGCGUGGAGAUGACGUACAUGGAGCGCUGCUGCAAAAGGAAGAUGUACACGCGCAUCGAGGAGGUGAACGAGCUGGAGCGGCGCGAGGAGGAGCGCAGGCAGAGGAACGCCAUGCAGCGCAUGCCGGUGGAGGAGACUAGGUAUCGGAAGGUGAUGAACUGGCUGAGAGAUAUGGUGGAGAACCCACAGUCUGGCGUACCGGGGAAGAUCUUCGCCUGCCUGUCGGUGAUCAUGGUGGCGGUGACUGUCAUCAGCUUAUGCAUCAGCACCAUGCCAGACCUCAGAGAGGAAGAGGACAGGGGCGAGUGUUCUGCUAAGUGCCAAAACAUGUUCAUCAUAGAGACGGUGUGUGUGGCCUGGUUCUCCCUGGAGUUCCUCCUGCGGUUCAUUCAGGCCCCCAGCAAGCUGGAGUUCCUCCGCGGGCCGCUCAACAUCAUCGACGCCAUGGCCAUCCUUCCCUACUAUGUCUCCCUGGUGGUGUCAGAGGAGGACCCAAACCUGGAUCAUGAGAGGCCAGGAGGAGGUAAGGGCUACUUGGACAAGCUGGGCCUGGUGUUGAGGAUCCUGCGGGCGCUGAGGAUUCUCUACGUGAUGCGGCUGGCUCGCCACUCUCUUGGCCUGCAGACGCUGGGGCUGACGGUCAGGCGCAGCACCCGGGAGUUUGGCCUCCUCUUGCUUUUCCUCUGCGUGGCCGUCACCCUCUUCUCCCCGCUGGUCCACUUGGCCGAGAGCGAGCUCACGGGCACCGCCGACUUCAGCAGCAUCCCUGCCUCCUACUGGUGGGCCAUCAUCUCCAUGACGACCGUGGGCUACGGCGACAUGGUGCCCAGGUCCAUACCGGGACAGGUGGUAGCGCUGAGCAGCAUCCUCAGCGGGAUCCUCAUCAUGGCUUUCCCCGCUACCUCUAUCUUCCACAUGUUCUCCCGCUCCUACCAAGAGCUCAAGAUGGAGCACGACCGGCUGUUCAAAGAGGAGUGUGCGGAAGCCGCGGAAGCCGCGGCCGCCGCCGCCGCUGCUGCCUUUGGGGAACUGCAGGAGGCGGGAGGUGAAGGAGGUGGGGAGAACUCAGCUCCGCCCGGGCUGGGAUUACGUCUAGGCAAGGACAGUGUGCACUCGCUGGAGUCCCUUGCUCUCUUAGGGAAAGGCGGUGAAGCUGCAGGAAAUAACAAUCACAGCCUGCCACCAGCAGCUUUCUGAACAGUGACUCCCACUGACUGACUCAAUCCAAAAACUUCCAAGAAGAUACCAGUCCACUAAUCUCUGUGUUGCAUACAAUGACUAUUGCUCCAAAAGCCUCACCUCCCAUAAGGUUGUGAAGGUAACUGUGCUGCAUCGGAUAAAAGGAGAUUAAGAUUAAACAGACAGCAUUUCUUUUGCUCUUUGGUCUGCUGAGAAGUGUGCACAUUGUAGACUGCACGGAAACUGAAAGACUUUAAACCCUUUAAAUUGGACGGUGCAGUUUGUCUGACCAGAAAGCCUCUGCAGCAAUAUUAGUAACCAGCUGCUUCCAUAAACAUGCAAUAUUCAAUCCAAAGUUGCUUUUCCUUCCACUGUGAAAAUACUUAACCCAACUGCAACUUUUAGUUUUAUUCUACUUUUCAAUAUAUUGCCUACAGUAUGACCUCAUACUGAAUACUUUUCUGUCAUGAAUUCAAAGAAGUGCUCCUCUUAGUUUAUUUUUUGAGAAGCUUGAAGCCAUGUUCUGAUAAGAAAUAUAAACAAACUGUUGGCCCAUAUAUGAUAUAUGAUAUAUAUCCACAUUUAUCCCUCUCAUGUAUGUUUGAUUGCUUGGACUCAAAAGAGGUGAUGGUUUCUCCAUUCUCUACCAUGAACUCCAGGUAAACUGUUGCAAAAGUGAAUUGUUUUUUUUUCUAAUCAGAUGACGAGGAAGUGAAAGGAUGGAGAGAAAGAAAGAGUGUUUGUUUUGGAGAGAGAGGGUGUGCGAGUGAAAGAGAAUGAGCGCUAACAACCAUGACGUGUACUUUGCAACGCUCUGAAUAAAAGCUCUCCUAGUAAUCUGAGAGAAAUCCA